GCAACAGACUCGCAGAGCAGGCUAGUCCUUGGCAUUUUAAAAACGGUGUCUUUUUUCUGCAACAGACUCGCAUAGUAGGCUAGUUUUAGCAUUUAAAAAUGGUGUCUUCAAUUUCCUCGUGUCUUUUUAUUCGUUCAUUUCAGAGCUUGAGCUCCAAGACUGUUGAGAUGUGUCGAUAAAGGUACAUUGCUCUGACGCACUCGAGGAUGAAUGGAGAAAGUAGAAACUGGACUAGGCUACUCGUCGCUGGAUUACAUUUAAAUCCGUGUCUUUAGUCUUUGUUGUUGUGCCUUUUAACUCUACACAACUCUCCUAAUUCUUAAACAUGACUGAAGAAAAUACGGAUUUUCCUAACGAGUUGCUGGAGAGUGUAAGAGAUGCCGUGGGAGGGAAGAUCAAGCUCACCCUGAAGAAGAGGGUGAAACUGGAGGUCAAAGGUGACAAACUGGAGAACCGAGUCCUGGCUUUGGCAUCCCAUCGGGGCUUUCUCCUUACUGCGAGGGUCCCCACCAAGAUUGAACAGACCUUCAAUUACCUGGAUAUACAAGGGAUCACUAGUAACAAGCCCACUCAGUUGUUAUUGGAGUAUGACCGAGGCCGGCUGUCCCUGAAGCUUGGCUCUGUGGAGGAUGUGGAUGAGGUGGUGGCCCACAUUGGGACCUGUCUACACAGGAUCUGUCCAGGCCUGUCCCCAGUUGACAGUUUGUGGGUGUGUCCCCUGCACUGUGAAAGGAAGGCGAUGAAGAAGUUGACCCUGAUGCCUCCUGAGAGGACGGCCGCCCUACAGUCUCUCUGGGAGGACCAGGCCACCACAGACCUAGGGCCAUGUGGUGGUUUCUCCCACAUGUACUGGUGUCUCUGCGACCAGCUGGGUCUGCCGUUCAGAGAGGAGGUGCAGUGGGAUGUGGACACAAUCUAUCAAACCCAGGACACCAGAGAACUGAACCUGCAGGAUUUCGUACAUCUUGAGAACAGAGAUUUGGUGGCCAUCAUUCUGGUCCUGGAGUAUAACCAAUGGUUUACCAAGCUCUCCACAAAGGACUACAAACUGUCCACAGAUGUGUGUGAACAAAUCCUGCGAGUUGUGGCCCGCUCUAGUCGCUUAGAGGAGAUGGUGUUAGAGAAUGCAGGUCUCAGAAGUGAUUUCGCACAGAAGUUAGCCAACGCUCUGACCUGCAACCCUGCCUCUGUACUUCACACCCUCAACCUCACAAACAACUCCCUGGAGGACAAGGGUGUAUCUGCUCUCAGUGCACAGCUGGCCAAACUCCCAAUGGGUCUCAAGCAUUUGAACCUCUCAAAGACCUCCAUAUCACAAAAAGGGGUUAACAGUCUUGCCCAGGCGCUGAGUGCCAACCCUGCUGUCCCCACUACCCUCACACACCUGGACCUCUGUGGGAACUCACUCCGAGGAGACGACCUCCCAAAUCUGUACAAUUUCCUGGGUCAACCUAACAGUCUAGUAACUCUGGACCUGUCCAACAGCGACUGCUGUCUGGACCAAGUCUGCACUUCACUUCUACGAGGCUCUCUCAAGCACCUCUCAGUGCUCAACAUGUCUAAGAGCGUUUUCUCUAGCAGGAGAAGUAAAGAUGUGCCGCAUUCCUUCAAGCAGUUCUUUGGCACUGCCCUGGCUCUGAGCAGCGUCAACCUGUCUGGAACCAAACUCCCCCUGGAAGCGCUCAAGGCACUUUUACUAGGUCUUGGCUGCAAUCCUAACCUAUGUGAAGUGUCACUGGAUCUCAGCAGCUGUGAGCUAAGAUCUGGAGGUGCUCAGAUUCUGGAGGGCUGCAUAGCUGAGAUUCCCAACAUCUCCAGCCUGGACAUCUCAGACAACGGUUUGGAUUCAGACCUGACCACUCUCUUGGUGUGGCUGGCCAAAAAUCGCUCCAUCCGCCACCUCUCACUGGGCAAGAACUUCAAUAACAUCAAGUCCAAAAAUUUGUCUCAAGUCUUGGACAACCUGGUGCACAUGAUACAGGAGGAGGAAUCGCCCCUGACGUCCCUCUCCCUGGCCGACUCCAAGCUCAAGGGGGAUCUGUCCAUCGUACUGAAUGCGCUGGGCAGCAACACCAGCCUGACCCGGGUGGACAUCAGCGGCAAUGGCAUGGGAGACAUGGGGGCCAAGAUGCUGGCCAAGGCCCUGCAGAUCAACACCAAGCUCAGGACGGUUAUGUGGGACAAAAACAAUGUCAGCCUACAAGGCCUCCAGGAUGUGGCAUCUGCUUUAGAGAAGAACCAGACCAUCCGCUUCAUGCCUAUCCCCAUCAUCGAUGCUGCCCAGGCCCUCAAGGCCAGCCCUGAGAAAACAGAGGAUGCCCUACUAAAGAUGGAGCGGUAUCUACUAAGGAACCACGAGACUCGAAAAUACCUCCAAGAGCAAGCUUACCGUCUCCAGCAAGGCAUUGUCACGACCACCACACAACAGAUGAUGGACAGGAUCUGUGUAAAGGUGCAGGACCACCUAAACUCCCUGAGGUAUACUGAGACCGAUGUCGUCCAGGAGGACAUGAAGGUGGCCAAGAACCUCAUGAAGGACGCCAGGAACUCCAAAAGACUACUGCCCAACCUGUACCACCUGAGGGGAUCUCUUGGUGGAAUGGACGGCCCCCCUGACAUGGGCGGCCCCAUUCAGGACAAGCUGGAGUCCAUGGCUGGAGAGAUAGCCAGGGUCAUGGAGGAGCAGCUACAGACGUUGUUACAAUCUAUGGUUGACACCGCUGAGGGCCUCUGUCCCCACGUGAUGAAGAGGGGCAACCUGCACCAGGAGCUGAUGAAGGCCAGCGCAGGCAGGAUGACCGUCCCCCAUAGCUUCAUCAUCACCACGCUACUGGAGCAGUCAGGAGUUGACAUCAUCAACAAGAUCAGUGAAGUGAAGCUCAGUGUGGCGUCCUUCCUCUCAGACCGUAUCGUGGAUGAGAUCUUGGAAUCUCUGUCCCGUUGCCAAAACACUCUGGCAGAACACCUGACCAGGAAAGCGCAGCCUCUUCUCCACCAGGAGCCCAAAGAGACGGAGGUGCUGGAUGAGACGGUCCUCCAGCCUGAGGCCCAGAACCAGGAGCAGAGGCAGCAGCCUGCUGAGAGUCUGGAGGAGAUGGACACCUGUGUGUCCAAGAGGAAGAGCAUUCUCUGCAGGAUGCUGCGGCCUGUAUCUGUGGCCUUUGAAAUGGAGUUUGACUUGGACAAGGCCCUGGAAGAAGUGCCUAUACACGAGGAAGACUCGCCCCCUCCUCCCCUAUCGGACAAGAUGCCGACGUACUUUGGCGAGCUGCCCACUAUGGAGGCCCGGAAGCUAGAGCACCACACCAAGCUCCGUCCCAAACCAAAAAAGAGGACCAAACCUAGCCGCGCACCACGGGAUUCAAUCUGCACCUCUCCACCACCAGAAGAAGUGGAGCAGAAUGGCCUCCUGGGAAAAGUGGAUGAGGGUGUUGAUGAAUUCUUUUACAAGAAAAUCACCCAACUUAGUUUUAAACGACCCACCCUGAGGGGCUCCUCCAACAUCCAGGAGGGUUCGGAGAAGAAACGGGAAUCCCGGAAAAGCGGCUUCUUUAACCUCAUCAAGUCUCGCACCUCCAAGUCUGAGAAGAGCCAUGGAGCAGCCGCCAUCCCCACCCCGGCUUCUGCGACUGUCAGCACUGUGACAGAGGAGCCCCUGUCCCCCAAGGCUCCGUUGCGGGACCACUCGGAAAUCUCCCCUGACCGCUCAGAAAAGCCACCAACCCAUGAACCCACUGCGGAACAGCACUCGGAGAGUGACAGUAAGGGGGGUCCUCACGGUGGCUGGCACUUUGGGGUCCCCGUAAUGGGCAUGGACUUCCUGGCGGAGAUGAGAAAAAUGCAUGAGAAAAUGGCCGCCCAUAAGUCUGACUCAUCUUCCUCUUCAGACAAGGCAGAUGGUAAAAAAGGAAAGCCAGAGAGUCAAACAUCGUCGAUAGACUUGUCGUCGAUAUCGCCCAGGUCUAAGCCCACCAGUGUUACACCCAGACCCCCAGCACCCCCGGGCACCAAGCCCCACCUGGGACCACACACUUUGGGACCUCUGAGCCCUCGCACCAGCAGCAGCCACAGCCCAGUUGUGGAUUUUUCAGCCUCAGAUGACACCCCCGACUCCCCUCUUGGAAACGUAUCCCCAAAAGGACCACUGCCCGCCCCUCGCCUGAAGAGGGCGCCGUCAGACUGUGAGAGGGAGGGGGAGACUAGCCCCGUUAUUGUUGAACUCACAGGAGACUCUAGCCCAUUUGACUUAGACCAUGAGACGGACAGGUCUGUUAUUGGCGGGAGACAGUGGUCCUCCCUGAAGAGUUCCACUUCUGUGGUACAGGAAGUAGAGGGUCGAGAGCGCACCAAGUCCCUCCCUGCAUCUGAGAGACCUUCGUCCAUGGUGGACGCUGCCCACUGCCAAAGCCCGGGGGUGUUUGAUAAAGACAACAACACGGAGGAAGACUUCCCUCCUCCCCCUGACACGGACCAAAGACAGGACCUUAUGCCUGACAACAUGGAGGAGGAGGAGGAGGAGGAGGAGAAGGAGGAGGAGGAGGAGGAGGAGGAGGAAGAGGACACCAUCAAUGACAUCGUCCCAGUGUAGAGAGAAAAGAUACAUCUAGUUUCUCCAUACUUUCCUCAAAGUGUUCCAUGGAGUGUCCAAGUGCACACUUCGGGAGAAUUGUGGAGAAUCGUAAUGCAGACAAAUAGCAAAGAACAAAAAAAGCUUAUGGACAAAACCUUGCCAAUAUCUUAUUCUUAAUAAAGACCGUUGAUUGGCUUAUACAAUCAACCAAUAAGCAGUGUUGUGUUCCUAUGUCUAAUAUGCAUGUAAUGUAUAUUUGUCAAUAUCUAUUAACACACUGAAAGAGAUAUAUGGAUGUGUUGAAAAAUAUGUAUGGGAUUUACAUUGUACCAUGGGCAAAUUGAUCAAGUAAACCUUAUUAAUGACAGGCAUAAUAACUUUGCUAUAUCAUGAUUUAUAUGAAAUACAUUUAUUGACGGGCUUGGUGAUGGUUUCCAGUAUUUAGUUUUAUUGGCUAAAUUGAUUUAUGCUGAAAAUACACAAACUCAUUUUUCAGUUUUUUUUACAAUGCAUUGUAACAAAAUCCUUUACAUGUAACAUCAAGUUGUCAAUAAUCCUGUAUUUGUAUAUUUGUAACAAUAAAAAAUAUUUCUACUGGUA